AGAAAAGAACACCAACGUGGUACUUGGUCCUACCUGAAUCAAAACGCCAUUUCGAUAAUAUCCAAUGGCUCCCUUCCAACACGACCACGACGAACAAGCUAGUUUCUUUUCUACUUUCUAAAGCAAGAAUCUACCAAGUCAAACCCAGAAUCAAAACCCAAACCACAAAGUUUCUUUCUUUGUUUCUUUUGAAGUGAAACAAGAAAGAGAAGAAUGAUGGGUUAUGUGACGAACCACCGCUGGAAAAGAUGGAAGAGAAAUCGCAUAUGGGGUGCAACCGCAACAUUUCUUUGUUGCAUGUGUUUCAUCUUGUUCACUCCUCCAAUCCCUCGCUCUCUCAAUCACCACCGUUUUGCUGACGUGCGCAAUCUUCUUGGAGUACCCAACACAUUGAACGUGAUGACAAAUUUCCCUUUUUUAGUUGUGGGUGUUUUGGGUUUUGUUUUUGCUCUUGAUGGAACUUUCUUCAACAUAAGCUCUCAAGGAGAGGUAUGGAGUUGGGUUGUGUUCUACAGUGGGAUGAUAGGAAUUGCUUUUGGUUCUGCUUAUUAUCAUUUGAAGCCCGAUAAUCAUCGCGUUAUUUGGGACACUUUACCGAUGACGGUGGCAUUCUCCUCGCUUAUGUCUUGUUUGGUUUUUGAGAGAUUUGGCCAGAGGACUGGUCUGUGUUGUUUGUUUGCACUCUUAGUCUCUGCCUUUCUUUGUGUACUUCAUGAACGAAUUUAUAAUGAUAUCCGGUUCUGCGUGAUGUUCCAGUUGAUUCUCUCUCUUGCUAUUCCGGCUGUAGCAUUUAUGUACCGCUCCAAAUAUACUCACUCAGGAUACUGGUUUUUAGCUACAGGGAUUUAUGUGCUAGCAAAAAUUCAAGGUAUUACUGACAAGAAAAUCUUCCGUGUAAAUAACUACUUCAUAACCGGGCAUUCAUUGGAACACUUGUGUUUAGCACUGAUCCCGAUUUCUCUAAGCAUAAUGCUCAUCUACAGGGAACUCAAGUUUCAAAGGUUAGUUGAUCUUAAAGAUCGGCCGUGAAUCGAAGAUUGUUCAACUGUUCUGGAAGAUGAGGUUAUCGCAGACGUAUGAUCGGCGAAAAUGCCGAUGAAUUCUGAAAACCUUGCUCAGCAACUUAAAUGAAGUUAUCUUCAAGAACUUGUAUGCCUUACUAGUUUAGUUGUAUAGCAGGGUCAAAUUCCUUUACCUGUAUAUGACAUGAUUUCUGUUAACAUCAAACAGUUCUUGAUUUUUUUUUUUUAAAAACUUUUUGAUUGAUCAUUGGAUUCACUGUCCUUGUGAAUAUUGAAAGUAUUGUCAGAGCAUAUUGCUUCCUUCA